CUGUCAUCCCUUUUCUCCCUGCCAUUCGCCUCCACAGUCUCGUCUCUCUCCCCCGCCAGCCACCUCGUCGUGACCCCCGGCCAGCCCGAACAAAUAUCCAUCAACAACGUCGGAGUCUCUGAUACCCCCAUUUUCGAUGAUGGAUUUGUCUUCGUCUACGCAAUUGACGGUUUCUUCAACCUGAAUUUCACCCUAGCGGAUGCAGAUUCGGCCAACCCGAACCCUAGAUCCGAUUCCCAGUGCCUGAAGCUGGAAUCAUCCUCUAGAUUUGGAGACGCGCCUAGAGUUUUGAAAUCGAGAGGCUACUCGUUAUUUUCCUCCAAUCGACUGAUCACCGAUAGCUUGCCUCUCUUCUUUGUUCAUCAGGCAUUUGGCUCCGCGCAAAGUGAUGUGGAAAAUAUGGAUGAAAUGGCGAACGGGACUGUGGUUUCCAACAAUGUGAGCGACUUUAGCUUGGAGAUUACCAAGGAUGAAGUUUAUAGAAUGAUGCAAGUGGCUGGUGGUUCACGGGAUCAAGCGAUGAUUGCUUUGCCGGAGAUUGGGGACGAGGAGAUGGAAGUGACAGAGGAUUUUCCGGUGGAGGAAGACAAUAACUCAAUGGCUAUGGAUAAUGGGGAAUUUCGAGUGGCACGGUUUAUCAACGAGGAGAAAACAAGUGUCGAGGAGAAGAGAGGUGAAAAUGGGGAUUCGAAG